AUGCCGGGCGUCACCGGGGCGUGUCCUCCGGGGAGCCCGGGGGGGGGUCCUCAGGAUGUCACCCGUGUGGGUCCUCCGGGGCGCCCGGGGGGUCCUCAGGAUGUCACCGGGGUGGGUCCUCCGGGGCGCCAAGGGGCCCGUCGGGGGUCACCGCCGGGGGCCCGUCGGGGGUCACCGGGGUGGGACCUCCGGGGCGACCCGGGGCUGUCCGCGGGUCACCGGGGUCCACCAACUUAA